AAGAAGCCCAGCAGCAUACAGACUUUCUUGUUUUAGUUACUACUUGAUUGCUUGAAGGUUUGGAUAAGGGAGUGGGACGCAAUGUUAUGUGGUAGACCUCAGUUGUUGCUACAUUUUUUUGUACUCCGGCUUGAUCGGCUUUGUACAGUGAGACAAGGAACGACUGACCGUAAGCGGUAAUGUUUCAUGCUUUAAAUGAUGUCGUGACAUCACUUACACUAAAAUAUGGUGUAAGAAUAAAUGAUGCAGCUUAAAUGUAUGUGGAAUAACUUCCUGUACUAUUGAGUGACUUGAGAAACAAUAUCAUCUGCGUGAAGAACGUGUUGAAAGUAUGGGGAGAAGGUCUAACAAACAGACGUAUGGGGAGGGUUUCAGUUUUAUUAACCCAGUGGUGAAAUACCUGCUGUUUUUCUUCAAUAUGCUUUUCUGGAUGAUUGCAGUGUUGUUGACUGGCAUUGGGAUCUAUGCAAGAUUUGGGAAACACGCAGCUGCCAUGUCGUACUUGUCAGUGGACCCUACCGUGCUUCUAAUAGUAGUUGGAUUUCUUAUGUUCAUCAUCACAUUCUGCGGCUGUAUUGGCUCCUUACGUGAGAACAUCUGCCUGCUUCGGACAUUUUGCAUUUGCUUGACAAUAGUUUUCCUGAUGCAACUUGCCUGUGGAGUCCUGGGCUUCAUUUUUUCUGACAAGGUACGAGCUAAAGCCACUGACUUAAUAACCAAUGCAGUAGUGCACUACAGAGAUGAUCUGGACCUUCAGAACCUAAUAGAUUAUGGGCAGAAAGAGUUCAGUUGCUGUGGUGGAAUAUCUUAUAAAGACUGGUCUGAGAACCUUUACUUCAACUGCAGCAGUGAAAACCCCAGUGUGGAACGUUGCUCUGUCCCAUACUCAUGUUGUGUGCCAAUAUCAGAAAAGAGCGUUAUAAAUACAAUGUGUGGACGUGGGAUGCAGAACCUCAACUACUUAGAUGCUAGUACCUUUAUCCACACUAAUGGCUGCAUUGAUAAGUUGGUUAACUGGCUUCAUAGCAACCUUUUCUUGCUUGGUGGGAUUGCACUAGGUUUAGCAAUUCCACAGUUGGUGGGAAUUUUGCUGUCCCAAAUGCUAAUUAGCCAGAUAAAGGACCAAAUUGCACUCCAGCGGUACAACUUGCAACACAGUAGAGACAUCUGGUACUGAGAGAACUUGAGGAAGUCUUGCAAAUAAUAAAUAUCCUGCCAGCCAAGCCACUUGCUUCAGACUAUGAGUAUCCUGCUGUUCAUCCCAUCCUUCACGGAACCUCAUGUACUCUGUAUAAAUGUGAGAGCUGUUGCAGGCAAAAUUAUGGCUCCUGACUGUUCUCAGUUCGAUAGCUUCAAACAAGCAGUUUUAAAGAAGUUAUCUCAGGAAAUUCCCAUGAAAUAGAUAAUGUAGACAUAUCGGCUCAUACAUGUUACAUGUAAUGAAAUCCUUUUAGUGCAUUAUCAUGAAUUAAUUUCAAUUGAAUUUUGAGUAGAGUUUAAAAGCACUGUGAUCUGAGCUUUGGGUUAUAUUUUUACAUAUACAGUAUUUUUUUUUUUGUUUUACAGGCAAUGAUCCAGAUUUACAGAGGAAUGCACUUAUAACUAUAUAUGUCCACUAGGUGUCACUGUUUAAACCUAGCUAUUUUCUAUUAAAGGUGAGAACCAAACACUGUAUCUUGUUUGUGAGAUAAACACCUUAACUAUUAUGCCAGCCCUCUACACUCAAUUUAGUUUUAUGAAAACAGAGUAAAGAUGACUGAGUGCUGAAUUUAAGUGUUUUUUUUUUCAGCACAAGCUGAAAUCAUGCAGCUUUGCACUUGUAAAUAUUUUUAUACUGUGGGAGUCAUCACUCCAGCAUCCUUUUAUAAUUUUAUUUUUAUUUUUUUAUAAAGACGAUACGUUAUUUUUUUUUUGGGGGGGGGGGGGGGGGGUCUGUUGAGCUACUUGAAAAUGUAUGUCCUCCCAGUACUGCAGUUUUUGCAGAGUUAUAAUGUUAUAGGUACUGCAGCAGAUGACUGGAAGGUUUUUAAUUAUAAAAAUGUGAGUAGUCAAAUUUGUAUUGUAGAAGACCACUGUCAUAUUAAUAAGCACAAGUCCGAACAUAUACUUCGCUUUUGGUAAAACAAGAUCUGUUUAAUGAGCAGCUUUUUUGGUGAAACGAGAUCUGUUUAAUGAGCAGCUUUUUUGGUGAAACGAGAUCUGUUUAAUGAGCAGCUUUGCCCAAGUGAACUCUUCAUUUUCUGAUAGCAACCUUAUACUCUGUUCAGACUAAGUGCACUCUUCUACAGGGCACUUUAAAAUCUAGGAGCCAGUGAAGUACAUAUAGAAAUCAUCUUGAUUUGCAGUUAUAUCUUUUUGCAAGUACAAGGUUUUCUUGUUUAAUGCUUCUAAUAAAACUGUAUCACACUAAA